UUUGUAAAUAUAAGUUUAAAGAAUUUUUUCCAUGUCCAGUACUGUCGAGACGUCCCAGACUUGUAAUGAUGGGAAGUGGAAACUUUGGUGUCGCCUCUGCGCUAAAGAGGAUAUUCGAAAUAUUAAUGUAUUCUCAGAAGAUAAUAACACACCAGCGCCCCCAAUCUCUACUUGUAGCCACAGUAAACUUCUUGGCUUCAUAGAGAAGUUCUUUCGAGUUCGCAUUGAACAGAACGAAGAUUUGCCCCAUUGUCUUUGUACAUAUUGUAUUUCACUGGUUUCAACCUUGAUUAAAUUUUCUGAGCGCGUAAAAACUGCGCAAGAUAUGUACGAUGCUAUUCAACAUUCUAAAUACCGAAAAACAUUGGAUUUGAAAGUGUUUCGAGAAAAAUUUAACUUACCUGAGGGCGAUUUAUUCAUAUUUAAUCUCGUGGAAGCAAAAUCAACCGUUGAAAAUAUAUUAGUCGAACCAGAUAUAUUGCUGCAAAAAUCAUUAGAUGAUAUUGUGAAAAAUGAAAUAAUAUCGGAUGAAGUACAAAGUGGAGUACAUUGCAAUGAGUUUGAAUACAAGACUGAGUUUCAAGAUCCUCUUAGUGAUGUACUUGAAAACAUUGGUAGCGAAGUAGAAAGCAACCUUAAAGAGGACAUUAAUAUUAAAGUAGAUGAAGACGAGACAAUUGAUAAUUUUAAUGAACGAAAUAGUACAAGAAAGCUUAAAAGAAAGUUUAGAACAAGGUUACGUAGUUCUGUGGAAGAAUCAACAGAGCACAAGCACUUCUGUGCCGACUGUUCAAUGCAGUUCCAACGUAUUGGCAACUAUCGCAUUCAUUUGAAGAAAAAACAUGGAAGGGAUUUGGAACCCUUGAAAUGCCCUAAAUGCCCUAGAUCCUUCGUUAGUAGAUUUAAUUUAGAUCGUCACAUAAAGACACAUCUGCCUGUAUCGGAGAAGCGUAUAUUUCCAUGCCCACAAUGUGAUCGAAAAUUCCAAACAAAAAAUUAUGUAGCCACACAUAUAAAGUUUGUGCACGAAGAUAUUCGUCCGUUUAUCUGUGAAGAAUGCGGUGAAGGUUCACGCACUGAAGGUGCAUUACGCGAACAUAUGCUCACACACACUGACCUUGCGCCUUUUGAAUGUGAAGUAUGUAAGAAAGCUUUUAAAAAUGAGUCCCGCCUAAAGAAUCAUAUGGAGAUUCAUAGUGCCAGUAAACACAUCUGUAGCGAAUGUGGCUUACAACUAAACUCACGUGUAACUUUAAAUCGUCACAUGCUUGUACAUUCUGAUAUAAUGCGUCACAAAUGUGAUUAUUGUGGGCGUGCUUUUAAACGCGCUAAGACCUUGAAAACUCAUUUAAUACUCCACAGCGGUCUAAAGCCAUAUUCUUGUGAAUUCUGUGAAAAGACGUUUACUAAUGGAUCAAAUUGCCGUACUCACAUGAAAAGGGCGCAUACUGAUGAAUUUGCUGUCUUAGAGGCGUCUGGUGAAAAAACUUACACGACAAACAUACCAAAAUUGGCGAACGCGAUCAGCAGAAAAUCUUAUUCCAGUUGUCACAAAACAGAGCGGCGAUUUCCCAUUAGGUAAGAAACCGAAUACACCACUUGAUUGUGCUACUGGCACAAAACAGUCCCUUUUGCCCGCAGUGGUAGAUACUUCAUCUAAAACUAAAGUCGGUGGCAACUUACCAACGAGGAACAGCAGAUCAUCGUGGUUUUGGUAAAACAAGUUUCCAAACAUACCGAUGAAAAACUUGCCGAAGAAGGGCGAGACUAGUCUGGUAUGGACUUUAAUAUUUUCUUCUAAUUUGCGAUGCAUAGUAUUUUAUUUGGUAGUUACUGAACCGAAUGUAUGUAGACAGUAGAUAUUAUGAAAAAAUAAAUAAAUUGAAUAUUUAAGGAACUUUUAGAAAGCUGCAGCUAAUUGAUCAACAACUGUCUUAAUAGGUAUUAUGCAUUAGUUUUCUGUUUGUCUCGAAAUCGUAUUCGAGCAAGUAUUUGGUCAGUGAAAUUUCAUUAUUGUUCGAACUGUAUUAAUUACGGCUUUCUGUGAAAUAGAGUAACUUUCUGUGCAAUAGGAGAACUUUCUGCCACAUUAUUUUUGCA